AGAGCCGUAGCCGCGGGUUUCGCCCGUUGGGUCGUUGAGGAGAAAAUGGAGGCGCUGCCGUGAGGGGCCGCCCUCGUGCCGGGCGCGUGCCGGCCGCCGAGCAGCCCCAGGCGUGCGGGAGAGUGGGGGUCGUUACCGUUAUUCCCCUCACCUGUGGCGACACCCCGCGGGGAGCGGGUGCUCGCUGCAACCACGGGCAGCUUGGCUUGGGGGUAAGCGUAGGCUCCCGGAGAAAGCAGAUCAAAAUGGCAGUUUCAGGAGAACCGUUGUGGUGCUGCGUGGGACUGCAGAGUAGCUGUCGCCUUAGCACCAGCUAGCCUUUUAGCCGGGGAGGACUAGUACCUUCGCUGUUAGCCACAUGCUGAAGCAAGAGGGGAGGCUUGUUGGGCUGUGAUGGACAGCACUCCCUCUUGAGGAUCGAGGUCCCUACACCGUGCCCCUGUGUCCUGCAGCCUCAAGGAGCGAGGACUAAUGGCAAAGGAGUAAACCAACAUGGCAGCUAUGGUCCCACCUGUGAAGCUGAAAUGGCUUGAACAUCUAAACAGCUCCUGGAUCACAGAAGACAGUGAAUCUAUUGCAACAAGGGAGGGAGUUUCUAUCUUGUACACUAAGUUAGUCAGCAAUAAAGAAGUUGUGCCAUUGCCCCAGCAGGUUCUGUGCCUCAAAGGACCUCAGUUACCAGAUUUUGAGCGGGAAUCUCUAUCUAGUGAUGAACAGGACCACUACUUGGAUGCCCUUCUUAGCAGCCAGCUGGCACUGGCAAAGAUGGUAUGCUCAGACUCUCCAUUUGCUGGAGCACUUCGAAAACGUCUCCUUGUGUUGCAGCGUGUCUUCUAUGCACUUUCUAAUAAAUAUCACGAUAAGGGUAAGGUGAAACAACAGCAGCAUUCGCCAGAAAGCAGUUCUGGAUCAACAGAUGUGCAUUCUGUCAGCGAACGUCCUAGGUCAAGUACAGAUGCACUCAUAGAAAUGGGAGUUCGGACUGGAUUAAGCUUGCUAUUUGCACUGCUAAGACAAAGUUGGAUGAUGCCUGCAUCAGGACCUGGCCUCAGUCUUUGCAAUGAUGUUAUCCAUACUGCAAUAGAAGUCGUGAGCUCUUUACCACCUUUAUCUUUAGCAAAUGAAAGCAAGAUUCCACCAAUGGGGUUGGACUGUUUAUCACAAGUAACAACAUUUCUUAAAGGAGUAACAAUUCCAAACUCUGGGGCAGACACUUUAGGUCGUAGAUUAGCUUCUGAGUUGCUUCUUGGUUUGGCUGCCCAACGAGGUUCCUUGCGAUAUCUUCUUGAAUGGAUAGAAAUGGCUUUAGGUGCUUCAGCUGUAGUAAACACCAUGGAGAAAAACAGGUUGCUGCAGAGUCCAGAAGGGAUGAUCAGCUUUGAUUGCUUUAUGAGUAUAUUAACACAGAUGAGACGAUCAUUGGGAUCAUCUGCUGAUCGAAGUCAAUGGAGAGAGCCAACUAGAACGUCUGAUGGCUUAUGUUCUCUUUACGAGGCAGCUCUGUGUUUAUUUGAAGAGGUUUGUCGAAUGGCAUCAGACUAUUCUAGAACGUGUGCCAGCCCUGACAGCAUUCAAACAGGUGAUGCUCCCAUUGUUUCUGAGACCUGCGAAGUGUAUGUUUGGGGUAGCAACAGCAGUCAUCAACUGGUAGAAGGAACUCAAGAGAAAAUACUUCAGCCGAAGCUUGCUCCAAGUUUUUCUGAUGCACAGACGAUUGAAGCUGGACAAUAUUGUACUUUUGUUAUUUCUACGGAUGGUUCUGUUAGAGCCUGUGGUAAAGGCAGCUAUGGGAGACUAGGACUGGGUGACUCCAAUAAUCAGUCCACAUUGAAAAAGUUGACUUUUGAGCCUCAUAGGUCUAUUAAAAAAGUGUCAUCUUCAAAAGGAUCUGAUGGUCACACUUUAGCAUUUACAACAGAAGGGGAAGUCUUCAGCUGGGGUGAUGGUGACUAUGGAAAACUGGGACAUGGAAAUAGUUCAACUCAGAAAUAUCCCAAACUUAUUCAGGGUCCUCUGCAAGGAAAGGUUGUUGUAUGUGUAUCAGCUGGAUACAGACAUAGCGCUGCUGUUACAGAAGAUGGAGAGCUAUAUACAUGGGGAGAAGGAGACUUUGGAAGAUUAGGUCAUGGUGACAGCAACAGCCGCAACAUUCCAACUUUAGUAAAAGAUAUUAGCAAUGUAGGAGAGGUUUCCUGUGGCAGUUCACACACAAUAGCUCUGUCCAAAGAUGGGAGAACAGUAUGGUCAUUUGGAGGAGGAGAUAAUGGCAAACUUGGUCAUGGUGAUACAAAUAGAGUAUAUAAACCUAAAGUUAUAGAAGCCUUGCAAGGAAUGUUUAUUCGAAAAGUUUGUGCUGGGAGCCAGUCUUCACUUGCGUUGACGUCAACAGGGCAGGUUUAUGCAUGGGGCUGCGGUGCAUGCCUUGGCUGUGGCUCUUCAGAGGCAACUGCUCUCAGACCCAAGCUUAUUGAAGAACUGGCUGCUACGAGAAUAGUUGAUAUUUCAAUUGGUGACAGUCACUGUUUGGCACUUUCUCAUGAUAAUGAAGUUUAUGCUUGGGGUAACAAUUCAAUGGGACAGUGUGGUCAGGGAAACUCUACUGGUCCCAUUACUAAACCGAAGAAAGUAAGCGGAUUAGAUGGAGUUGCAAUUCAACAAAUUUCAGCAGGAACGUCCCAUAGCCUUGCCUGGACAGCUCUUCCGAGGGACAGGCAAGUUGUAGCAUGGCACAGACCCUAUUGCGUAGACCUUGAAGAAAGUACCUUUUCGCAUCUUCGUUCUUUUCUUGAGCACUACUGUGACAAAAUUAACAGUGAAAUUCCCCCUCUUCCUUUUCCUUCAUCAAGGGAACAUCAUAAUUUUCUUAAGUUGUGUUUGAAACUGCUUUCUAAUCAUCUUGCACUUGCAUUGGCUGGAGGUGUAGCUACUAGCAUUCUUGGCCGGCAAGCUGGUCCUCUUCGAAAUUUGUUGUUUAGACUGAUGGACUCUUCUGUCCCUGAUGAAAUUCAGGAAGUUGUAAUUGAGACUCUGUCAGUAGGAGCAACUAUGCUACUUCCUCCAUUGCGAGAGAGAAUGGAAUUGCUACAUUCUCUUCUACCCCAAGGUCCUGAUAGAUGGGAAAGCUUAUCAAAAGGACAGAGAAUGCAAUUGGAUAUUAUUCUGACAAGCUUGCAGGAUCACACCCAUGUAGCUUCCCUGCUUGGCUAUAGCUCACCGUCUGAUGCCACAGAAACUUCCUCCUUGUGUAUCAGCUAUGGAAAUCUCUCUGAUCAAACGUAUACUGUCCAGAGCAGUCAUCCAGAUACUCAUCUAGCUGAAAUCUUAAUGAAGACUCUUUUAAGAAAUUUGGGAUUUUAUACAGACCAAGCCUUUGGAGAACUGGAAAAAAACAGUGACAAAUUUUUACUGGGUACAUCAUCAUCAGAAAACAGCCAACCUGCUCAUCUUCAUGAGCUUUUAUGUUCGCUGCAGAAACAGUUGCUGGCUUAUUGCCACAUCAACAGUGUUAGUGAGAAUUCCAGCAGCGUGGCACUCCUUCACAAACACCUUCAGCUUUUAUUGCCUCAUGCUACAGAUAUCUAUUCUCGUUCUGCAACGCUGCUUAAGGAAAGCUCUUGGAAUGGUAGUGUUGGGGAAAAACUGAGAGAUGUGAUUUAUGUAUCAGCUGCUGGUAGUAUGCUCUCUCAGAUUGUCAACUCAUUAUUGUUACUGCCAGUAUCAGUAGCUCGGCCUUUGUUGAGUUACCUGCUAGAUCUGUUGCCACCUUUAGAUCGUCUUAAUAGACUGUUACCUGCUGCAGCCCUUUUAGAAGAUCAAGAAUUACAGUGGCCACUUCAUGGUGGACCUGAAUUAAUUGAUCCUGCUGGAGUGCCCUUACCACAGCCUGCCCAGUCUUGGGUAUGGCUUGUUGAUCUAGAGAGAACUGUAGCUUUGCUUAUUGGGCGGUGUCUUGGUGGCAUGCUUCAAGGACCUCCAGUGUCCCCUGAGGAACAAGAUACAGCCUAUUGGUUGAAAACUCCACUUUUCAGUGAUGGAGUGGAAAUGGAUAUUCCUCAUUUAGAUAAAUGCAUGAGCUCCUUAUUAGAAGUGGCCCUGUCUGGAAAUGAGGAACAAAAGCCAUUUGAUUAUAAGCUGAGACCUGAGAUUUCUGUCUAUGUUGAUUUGGCCUUGGGUUGUACAAAAGAGCCGGCAAGGAGCCUCUGGAUCAGUAUGCAAGACUAUGCUGUUAGUAAAGAUUGGGAUACUGCAACUUUAAGUAAUGAAUCGCUCCUAGAUACUGUGUCCAGGUUUGUUCUUGCAGCUCUUCUGAAACAUACAAGUUUACUUAGUCAAGCUUGUGGUGAGAGCAGGUACCAGCCUGGCAAAGCCUUGGCAGAAGUAUACCGUUGUGUAUAUAAAGUUCGAAGUCGCUUGCUCGCCUGCAAGAACAUGGAACUUAUCCAGACUAGAUCAUCCUCAAGAGACAGAUGGAUGUUAGAUAACCAAGAAUCUGCUGAUGUUGAUACUCAAGAACAUUCUUUUACUCGUACAAUUGAUGAAGAAGCAGAAAUGGAGGAGCAGGCAGAACGUGACAGAGAAGAAGGACACCCAGAACAAGAAGAUGAAGAGGAGGAAAGAGAACAUGAAGUUAUGACAGCUGGUAAAAUAUUUCAAUGUUUCCUAUCAGCCCGUGAAGUAGCUCGCAGUCGGGAUCGAGAUAGGAUGAACACUGGGACAGGGACUAGACUUGAUGAUCCAGCUCCUCAGUCUCAGCAGGAACGAAGAAUCAGCACUGAUCUGACAGAAGGCCAAGAUGUAUAUACUGCUGCGUGCAACUCUGUGAUCCACAGAUGUGCCUUGUUGAUCUUAGGAGUAAGCCCUGUUAUCGAGGAGCUCCAGAAACGAAGGGAGGAUGGACAGUUACAGCAGCAUCCCUCUACUACUCCAGAGGGCAUUGGACUCAUGACAAGGAGUGAAAGUCUUACUGCAGAAAGUCGCUCAAUCCAUGCAAACUCAAAUUACAGACUGAUUAAGUCAAGAAGUGAAUCUGAUUUAUCUCAGCCAGAAUCAGAUGAGGAAGGUUAUUCACUGAGUGGAAGACGAAAUGUCGAUUUGGAUUUGGCAUCAUCACACAGAAAGAGGGGAGCAAUACACAGUCAAGUGGAACCUUCAAGUGACUCAUGGGCUCGACUAAAACACAGCAGAGAUUGGUUACUCACUUCUUCCUACUCAUUUGUUGAGUCCGAUUUUGAUCUCUCAAGAUCCCUUGGAGUUCAUACUCUGAUUGAAAAUGUUGUCAGCUUUGUAAGUGGAGAUGUGGGAAACUCGCCAGGAUUUAAGGAACCAGAGGAAAGUAUGUCCACCAGUCCACAAGCGUCAAUAAUUGCAAUGGAGCAGCAGCAGUUGAGGGCUGAGCUUCGUCUGGAAGCACUUCAUCAGAUUUUAGUGCUUCUAUCAGGGAUGGAGGAAAAAGGCAGUGUGCCAUUAAUGGGAAGUCGUCAAGUACCAGGAUUUCAGUCUUCUUCAUUGCUUACUUCUGUUAGACUACAAUUUCUUGCUGGCUGCUUUGGUUUGGGCACUGUAGGACACGCGGGCGCCAAAGGAGAGAGUGUAAGAUUGCAUCACUACCAGGAUGGUAUCAGAGCAGCUAAGAGAAGUAUUCAAAUUGAAAUACAAGUGGCUGUGCACAAAAUUUACCAGCAAUUAUCUGCUACGUUAGAAAGAGCUCUGCAAGCUAAUAAACAUCACAUAGAAGCACAACAGCGUCUUCUGUUGGUAACAGUCUUUGCUCUAAGUGUACACUAUCAGCCUGUUGAUGUCUCCUUGGCCAUUUCCACUGGUCUGCUAAAUGUGCUAUCACAGUUGUGUGGCACGGACACCAUGUUAGGACAACCGCUGCAGUUGCUGCCCAAAACUGGUAUUUCUCAGCUCAGCACAGCUUUGAAAGUAGCCAGUACAAGACUACUUCAGAUCCUCGCUAUCACCACAGGAACCUAUGCUGACAAACUGAGCCCAAAGGUGGUCCAGUCUUUGCUGGAUUUAUUAUGCAGCCAGCUGAAGAACUUGUUAUCACAAGCUGGUGUGAUGCUUAUGGCUUCCUUUGGAGAAGGGGAAGGUGAGGAAGAUGAAGUAGAAUCAAAAAAGUCAGAAUCAAAUGGAGAUAAUGAGAAGAGAGACUUCAGAGCUGCCCUCCGAAAGCAACAUGCAGCAGAAUUACACUUGGGAGACUUUCUUGUUUUCCUACGUAGAGUUGUGUCUUCAAAAGCAAUUCAGUCAAAAAUGGCAUCUCCAAAGUGGACAGAAGUACUUCUUAACAUUGCUUCUCAGAAGUGUUGCUCAGGAGUUCCUUUGGUUGGCAAUUUGAGGACUAGACUUCUUGCACUUCAUGUACUAGAAGCUGUAUUACCUGCUUGUGAAUCUGGCGUUGAAGAUGAUCAAAUGGCUCAGGUUGUUGAACGAUUAUUCUCACUUCUGUCUGACUGCAUGUGGGAGACUCCAAUAGCUCAGGCUAAACAUGCAAUUCAAGUAAAGGAGAAAGAACAAGAAAUGAAGCUACAGAAGCAAGGAGAGUCUGAAGAUGAAGAUGAGAAUCUUCCCAUACAGGAAGUGUCCUUUGACCCUGAGAAAGCUCAGUGCUGCAUAGUCGAGAAUGGGCAGAUUCUAACUCAUGGAAGUGGAGGUAAAGGAUAUGGUUUAGCAUCCACUGGAGUUACUUCUGGGUGUUACCAGUGGAAGUUCUACAUUGUGAAGGAGAAUCGAGGCAAUGAAGGCACGUGUGUAGGAGUUUCUCGCUGGCCAGUACAUGAUUUUAACCAUCGGACUACCUCAGAUAUGUGGCUAUAUAGAGCUUAUAGUGGUAACCUCUAUCACAAUGGAGAACAAACUUUGACUCUGUCCAGCUUUACCCAAGGAGAUUUCAUCACAUGCGUAUUAGAUAUGGAAGCAAGAACUAUUUCCUUCGGUAAAAAUGGAGAGGAGCCAAAACUAGCUUUUGAAGAUGUGGAUGCAGCAGAGUUAUACCCUUGUGUUAUGUUCUAUAGCAGUAAUCCAGGAGAAAAGGUGAAAAUCUGUGAUAUGCAGAUGCGUGGCACACCAAGAGACUUGCUACCUGGUGACCCUAUCUGUAGUCCUGUUGCUGCUGUGCUGGCAGAAGCCACUAUCCAACUCAUUCGUAUCCUUCAUCGCACAGACCGUUGGACACACUGCAUCAAUAAAAAAAUGAUGGAAAGACUGAAUAAAAUCAAAACAUGUCUUAAAGAAGCAGGCCAAAAGCUAAGGAAAAGUCGCUCAAUUCAAAGUCGAGAAGAGAAUGAGGUGAGAGAGGAGAAAGAAAAUAAAGAGGAAGAGAAAAGCAAACAUGGUAGGCAUGGUCUGGCUGACCUUUCUGAACUGCAGUUGAAGAUGCUCUGUGUGGAAGUGUGGCCUGUUCUAGCAGUAAUUGGUGGAGUUGAUGCUGGUCUUAGAGUUGGAGGUCGAUGUGUACACAAGCAAACUGGACGUCAUGCCACCUUGCUUGGAGUAGUGAAAGAAGGCAGUACAUCUGCCAAGGUUCAAUGGGAUGAAGCAGAGAUUACUAUCAGCUUCCCAACUUUUUGGUCGCCUAGUGAUACUCCGUUGUAUAAUCUGGAACCCUGCGAACCACUGCCUUUUGAUGUUGCAAGAUUUCGUGGGCUGACAGCUACUGUGUUGCUGGACCUUACCUAUCUGACUGGUAUUCAUGAAGAUACCGGAAAGCAAAGCACCAAGAGACAUGAGAAAAAACACAGACAUGAAUCUGAAGAUAAAGGAGAAAUGGACCAGAAAAUGGAGGGUGAUGUUGGAUCAGAUAUACGAUUAGGACAAAGUGCUGAUGAUAACAAAGGACAUGGCACUACAAGCUCUAAGUCGGAAAAUGAAAUUGCUUCCUUUUCUUUAGAAUCAUCCACACUAGGUAUGGAAUCCCAACACCAACCUGCUGAAGGAAGAAAAAAGAAUCAUGAACAUACUCCAAGAAAUCAUGACAUAGUGCAGUCAGAAAUCAGAGCAGUACAGCUAUCUUAUCUUUAUCUUGGUGCUAUGAAGUCACUUAGUGUUCUUCUUAGUUGUAGUAAAUAUGCUGAACUACUUUUAAUACCAAAAGUCCUGGCAGAAAAUGGUCACAACUCUGAUUGUGCUAGUUCUCCAGUUGUUCAUGAAGAUGUUGAAAUGCGUGCUGCCUUGCAGUUCCUGAUGCGACACAUGGUGAAACGGGCAGUCAUGCGUUCACCGAUUAAAAGAGCUCUAGGACUGGCAGAUUUGGAACGAGCCCAAGCCAUGAUCUACAAAUUAGUGGUUCAUGGGCUGCUGGAGGAUCAGUUUGGUGGCAGACUUAAGCAAGAAGUAGAUCAGCAAUUAGAAGAAGGAGAUCAGUCUCAGCAAGCCCAAACACCAGUUACAACCAGCCCUUCUGCUUCUAGCACCACAUCUUUCAUGAGCAGUUCUCUGGAGGAUACUACCACUGCUACUACUCCAGUAACUGAUACUGAAACAGUUCCAGCUUCAGAAUCACCUGGUGUUAUGCCUCUCAGUCUUCUUAGGCAAAUGUUCUCCAGUUACCCUACUACAACUGUACUUCCAGCACGACGUGCUCAGACUCCUCCAAUAUCUUCUUUACCAACAUCUCCUUCAGAUGAAGUUGGAAGGAGACAAAGUUUGACUUCUCCUGAUUCCCAGUCUGCGAGACCUGCCAAUCGUACAGCUUUGUCUGAUCCAAGCAGCCGACUUUCAACAUCCCCUCCUCCUCCUGCCAUUGCUGUUCCAUUGUUAGAAAUGGGGUUCUCCCUCAGGCAAAUUGCAAAAGCUAUGGAAGCUACAGGUGCCAGAGGAGAAGCAGAUGCACAGAAUAUCACAGUGCUGGCCAUGUGGAUGAUAGAGCACCCUGGAAAUGAAGACGAUGAAGAGCCCCAGUCAGAAGGAACUGCAGAUUCACGACAUGGGACAAUAGUCUCUGGAAGUGGUGGAAAAUCUGGUGAACAUUGUUAUUUGCAGUCACCAGGUGAUAUCCCUUCUGCUGAUGCCACUGAAAUGGAGGAAGGCUUUAGUGAAAGCCCUGAUAACAUGGAUCAUGUGGAUAAUGCAGCUUCUGCAAGUGGGCCUCCUUCUAGGAGUCGGUCAGCUGUAACAAGAAGACACAAGUUUGAUUUAGCUGCCCGAACAUUGCUAGCACGUGCUGCGGGCUUAUACCGCUCUGUACAGGCCCACAGGAACCAAAGUCGAAGAGAAGGGAUAUCUUUGCAGCAAGAUCCAGGGGCGCUUUAUGACUUCAACUUGGAUGAGGAGUUGGAAAUUGACCUUGAUGAUGAAGCAAUGGAAGCUAUGUUUGGGCAAGACCUGGCUAGUGAUAAUGAUAUUCUGGGAAUGUGGAUCCCAGAGGUAUUGGAUUGGCCUACCUGGCAUGUUUGUGAAUCUGAAGACCGAGAAGAAGUAGUAGUUUGUGAACUGUGUGAAUCCAGUGUUGUCAGCUUCAAUCAACACAUGAAAAGAAACCACCCAGGCUGUGGUCGUAGUGCAAAUCGCCAGGGCUAUCGUAGCAAUGGUUCUUAUGUAGAUGGAUGGUUUGGUGGUGAAUGUGGAAGCGGAAAUCCUUACUAUUUAUUGUGUGGCAUCUGCAGAGAGAAAUACUUAGCCCUGAAGAGUAAAUCGAAAACGUCAGUCUCUGAAAGGUACAAAGGCCAGGCUCCUGAUUUAAUAGGUAAACAAGACAGUGUCUAUGAAGAAGAUUGGGAUAUGUUAGAUGUAGACGAAGAUGAAAAGCUGACAGGAGAAGAGGAGUUUGAAUUACUGGCUGGACCUCUUGGGUUAAAUGAUCGACGUAUUGUUCCUGAACCUGUACAGUUCCCUGACAGUGACCCUCUGGGUGCCUCAGUUGCAAUGGUGACAGCCACCAACAGUAUGGAAGAAACAUUGAUGCAAAUAGGCUGUCAUGGCUCUAUAGAAAAAAGUUCUUCUGGCAGGAUAACCUUAGGAGAACAAGCAGCUGCCUUAGUAAAUCCACAUGACCGUGUUAUGGCUCUAAGAAGAGUGACAGCUGCUGCCCAAGUCCUCCUUGCAAGAACUAUGGUUAUGAGAGCACUCUCGCUUCUGUCUGUCAGCGGUUCCAGUUGUAGCCUGGCAGCUGGUCUAGAAUCCUUGGGAUUAACAGACAUCAGAACUUUGGUUCGUUUAAUGUGCCUCGCUGCAGCAGGGAGAGCAGGCCUCUCAACGAGUCCAUCCACUGUGUCCAGUUCAACAGAGCGAUCUAGAGGAAUACACAGCAAAACAAGCAAGCCUAUAUCUUGUCUUGCCUAUCUGAGUACCGCAGUAGGCUGUUUGGCAUCAAACACUCCUAGUGCUGCAAAACUGCUGGUACAGUUAUGUACACAGAAUCUGAUUUCUGCAGCAACUGGUGUAAACUUGACAACAGUUGAUGAUCCAAUUCAGCGAAAAUUUUUGCCAAGUUUUUUAAGAGGAAUUGCAGAAGAAAACAAACUUGUCACAUCUCCGAAUUUUGUCGUUACUCAAGCACUUGUAGCAUUGUUGGCAGACAAAGGGGCCAAACUGAGGCCAAAUUAUGAUAAAGCAGAAAUAGAAAAGAAAGGUUUAAUUGCCCAUUUGUAUGCCCAUCCUUCCUAUGAUCCUUCUGCUGUAGGCCCUCUGGAGCUGGCUAAUGCACUAGCAGCUUGCUGCCUCUCGUCAAGGUUAUCUUCACAACAUAGGCAGUGGGCUGCUCAGCAGCUGGUGCGAACUCUUGCAGCGCACGAUCGAGAUAAUCAAACUAUUCCUCAGACCCUCGCUGAUAUGGGGGGAGACUUACGCAAAUGUUCCUUCAUAAAAUUAGAGGCUCAUCAGAACAGGGUCAUGACAUGUGUUUGGUGCAAUAAAAAGGGACUUCUGGCGACUAGUGGAAAUGAUGGCACCAUAAGAGUGUGGAAUGUUACGAAGAAGCAGUAUUCAUUGCAACAAACAUGUGUGCUCAACAAGCUAGAAGGUGAUUCUGAAGAAAGUCUGGGAUCACCCAGUGACCUUAGUUUGUCUCUUGUCUGUUGGAGUGUCAGUGGCAAGUAUCUGGCAGGAGCUACGGAGAAGAUGGUGAACAUAUGGCAAGUCAAUGGGGGAAAAGGAUUAUUAGAUCUUCAGCCUCACUGGGUGUCUGCUCUAGCUUGGCCAGAAGAAGGGCCAGCUGCAGCAUGGACAGGAGAUGCUCCAGAAUUAUUAUUAAUCGGUCGUAUGGAUGGAUCUCUUGGUCUUAUUGAAGUUGUAGAUAUUUCAACCAUGCACCGGCUAGAACUGGAACACUGCUACAGAAAGGAUGUUUCUGUCACGUGCCUUGCCUGGUUCAGUGAAGACAGACCAUUUGCAGUUGGCUAUUCAGAUGGAAAAUUGCUAAUAGGAACAAAGGAACCACUUGAAAAAGGAGGAAUCGUUCUAGUUGAUGCACAUAAGGAUAUGAUUGUUAGUAUGAAGUGGGAUCCAACUGGUAAGAUUCUCCUGACAUGUGCCAAAGAAGAAACAGUGAAACUCUGGGGAUAUAUGGGAGGAUGCUGGAGAUGUCUGCAUUCGCUAUCCCACCCGGCUCUUGUGAAUGGCAUUGCCUGGUGUGCUCUUCCAGGAAAAGGAUCCAAGUUGCAGCUUUUACUAGCUACAGGAUGCCACAAUGGUUUGGUGUGUGUCUGGACUGUUCCCCAGGACAUAGUAAUUACAUUGCAGUCUGGCUCAAGUUGCUCAGAAGGAUGGUGGGACCAGGAGACAAAUGCCAAGGAUGGAUACAGAAAAGCAGUAGAAGUCAAGUGUGUAUUUCAGCUGAGAGGACAUAUUACUCCUGUUCGGACUGUUGCAUUCAGUCCUGAUGGACUGGCAUUAGUAUCUGGUGGACUUGGUGGUCUCAUGAAUAUUUGGUCUUUACGGGAUGGUUCAGUAUUACAGAGUGUUGUGAUAGGUUCGGGAGCCAUUCAGACUGCAGUAUGGAUACCUGAAGUUGGAGUAGCUGCUUGCUCUAACAGAUCAAAGGAUGUGUUGGUAGUGAACUGUACGUCAGAGUGGAUAUCUUCCAAUCACGUCCUUGCAACGUGUAGGACUGCACUGAAACAGCAAGGAGUUCUGGGAUUAAAUAUGGCUCCUUGCAUGCGAGCUUUCUUGGAACGUUUGCCAAUAAUGCUUCAGGAACAGUAUGCUUACGAAAAGCCCCAUGUUGUUUGUGGAGACCAGCUUGUUCAUAGUCCUUAUAUGCAGUGCUUGGCAUCACUCGCCGUGGGCCUUCACCUAGAUCAGCUCUUGUGCAAUCCCCCAGUACCACCUCAUCACCAGCACUGCCUCCCUGAUCCUUCAGCCUGGAAUCCCACAGAAUGGGCCUGGCUAGAGUGUUUCUCUACUACCAUAAAAGCUGCUGAAGCUCUGGCCAAGGGAGCACAGUUCCCAGAAUCCUUUACUGUUCCGGACCUGGAGCCUGUUCCAGAGGAUGAGCUUACUUUCCUAAUGGAUAACAGUAAAUGGAUCAAUGGUAUGGAUGAACAGAUAAUGUCAUGGGCAACAUCAAGGCCAGAGGAUUGGCACUUGGGAGGCAAAUGUGAUGUGUAUCUGUGGGGAGCAGGAAGACACGGACAGUUAGCAGAAGCUGGUAGAAAUGUCAUGAUACCAGUAGCAGCACCUUCAUUCUCUCAGGCUCAGCAGGUUGUUUGUGGUCAGAAUUGUACUUUUGUCAUUCAAGCUAACGGCACGGUUUUGGCUUGUGGAGAAGGGAGCUAUGGGCGACUGGGACAAGGAAAUUCUGAUGACCUUCAUGUGUUAACAGUCAUUUCAGCACUGCAAGGCUUUGUUGUAACACAGCUGGUGACCUCUUGUGGAUCCGAUGGACAUUCCAUGGCUUUAACAGAAAGCGGGGAAGUCUUCAGCUGGGGAGAUGGAGAUUAUGGCAAACUGGGACAUGGGAACAGCGACAGACAGCGCAGGCCUAGACAAAUAGAGGCUCUGCAAGGAGAAGAAGUGGUGCAGAUGUCAUGUGGCUUCAAACACUCAGCUGUGGUGACAGCAGAUGGCAAACUAUUUACAUUUGGAAACGGUGACUAUGGUCGAUUAGGACUUGGAAAUACUUCCAAUAAGAAACUUCCGGAAAGAGUGACAGCGCUGGAAGGUUACCAGAUAGGACAGGUGGCCUGUGGACUCAAUCAUACUGUAGCUGUGUCAACAGAUGGCUCAAUGGUUUGGGCUUUUGGAGAUGGAGAUUAUGGUAAACUCGGUUUGGGAAAUUCCACUGCAAAAUCCUCACCACAGAAAGUGGAUAUUCUUUGUGGAAUUGGAAUUAAAAAAGUUGCCUGUGGAACCCAGUUCUCUGUUGCACUGACAAAAGAUGGUCACGUGUAUACUUUUGGACAAGAUCGCCUGAUAGGUUUGCCAGAAGGUCGAGCUCGAAAUCACAACAGACCCCAACAAGUUCCAGUGCUGUCAGGAAUCUUCAUUGAAGACAUAGCUGUAGGAGCAGAGCAUACGCUAGCUUUAUCAUCGACAGGGGAUGUAUAUGCUUGGGGUAGCAACUCUGAAGGGCAGCUUGGACUGGGCCAUACCAACCAUGUCAGAGAACCAACCCUAGUAACAGUCCUGCAAGGAAAGAACGUUCGACAGAUUUCAGCAGGACGUUGCCACAGUGCUGCCUGGACAGCUCCGCCUGUUCCCCCGAGAGCUCCAGGUGUUUCAGUGCCUUUACAGCUUGGUUUACCUGAUGCCAUUCCACCACAGUAUGGGGCACUGAAAGAAGUGAGCAUUCAUACAGUAAGAGCAAGGCUCAGACUGUUGUACCAUUUUUCUGACCUCAUGUACUCUUCAUGGAGAUUACUUAACCUCAGUCCCAAUAACCAGAACAGUACAUCUCAUUACAAUGCUGGAACAUGGGGAAUAGUUCAAGGACAGUUGAGGCCCUUGCUAGCACCACGAGUAUACACACUGCCCAUGGUACGCUCUAUAGGAAAAACUAUGGUUCAGGGGAAAAACUAUGGGCCACAGAUUACUGUGAAAAGGAUAUCAACCAGAGGUCGGAAAUGCAAGCCCAUUUUUGUACAGAUAGCAAGACAAGUGGUAAAGCUGAACGCAUCAGACCUUCGCCUACCUUCCCGUGCCUGGAAAGUGAAACUGGUUGGAGAAGGAGCCGAUGAUGCGGGCGGAGUGUUUGAUGACACUAUUACAGAAAUGUGUCAGGAACUGGAAACUGGAAUAGUAGACUUGCUUAUUCCUUCCCCAAAUGCUACAGCUGAAGUAGGCUACAAUAGGGAUAGGUUUCUCUUUAACCCUUCAGCAUGUUUAGAUGAACAUCUGAUGCAGUUUAAGUUCUUGGGCAUUCUCAUGGGUGUAGCUAUUCGUACAAAAAAGCCAUUAGAUCUUCAUUUGGCUCCAAUGGUCUGGAAGCAACUUUGUUGUAUCCCACUCAUCUUGGAGGAUUUGGAGGAGGUAGAUCUGCUCUAUGUGCAGACCCUCAACAGCAUUCUUCACAUUGAAGACAGUGGGAUUACUGAAGAAAAUUUCCAUGAGAUGAUUCCUUUAGAUUCUUUCGUUGGCCAAAGUGCUGAUGGUAAAAUGGUUCCCAUAAUUCCUGGAGGGAACAGUAUCCCACUUACCUUUUCAAACAGGAAAGAAUAUGUGGAGAGGGCAAUUGAGUACAGACUCCAUGAAAUGGACCGUCAGGUGGCCGCUGUAAGAGAAGGAAUGUCUUGGAUUGUUCCGGUUCCUUUGUUGUCUCUUCUGACUGCCAAGCAGCUGGAGCAAAUGGUGUGUGGAAUGCCAGAAAUAUCGGUUGAAGUUUUGAAGAAAGUUGUGCGAUACAGAGAAGUUGAUGAGCAGCAUCAGCUAGUACAAUGGUUCUGGCAUACCCUUGAAGAGUUUUCAAAUGAGGAGAGAGUCCUUUUCAUGAGGUUUGUGUCAGGAAGAUCUCGACUGCCAGCUAACACAGCUGAUAUCUCUCAGCGAUUCCAAAUAAUGAAGGUUGAUAGGCCUUACGACAGCUUGCCUACCUCACAGACUUGUUUCUUUCAACUGAGGCUCCCACCUUACUCCAGUCAACUAAUCAUGGCAGAGCGUUUGCGCUAUGCAAUCAAUAAUUGCAGGUCUAUAGAUAUGGACAAUUACAUGCUCUCACGGAACGUGGACAAUGCAGAGGGCUCAGACACAGAUUAUUAACGUUCUGUGAACAAAAUCAUCUUCCUUUUACUACAAAUAGCGCCCUAAGUCCAAUUCAUCGUUGACAUAACUUUACAGUAACCCUAGAUGUUUGAGGAGCAUAAAACCAGAUGUUAUAGACAGUGGCCACAUUUUAGUUACUCUAAGCGUAACAAAAAAUUAGAUGUUUUUAUUUUUUUGUGAUUGUAAAAAAGAAAAAAAGGAAAACAAAAAAGGUAUGAUCAGUAAGUUUUUUCUCCUUUUUUUGGUCACUUUUGAUAAGUUUGCAUGGAGACAUUUUGGUGCAUUUUUGUUGGGAAUAGUACAUUUGUAAGCCCUCCCAGUGAACACAAAGAGUUGUACAUUGUGUAUAAUUGUUCAUUAGCAAGGACAGUUUUACAUGAAUAUUCACAUAUUUAUUUUGUUUUAAUUUGAAUUGCCUGUGCAGGGUUCCUUAUGCAGAGAAAAAUAAAGCAAAUUCAAGAAUC